AUGGUAGGCAAGAUUUGUGUAUUUUCAGGCUGUAAUGUGGAGAACGCCUCCUACGGUCUGACAGUGUGUGCCGAGCGGACGGCCAUCCAGAGGGCUGUGGUGGAAGGACACAGACAGUUCACUGCCAUCGCUGUCACAUGUGAUAUCAAAGACAGUUUCGUUGGGCCGUGUGGAGCAUGUCGACAGGUUCUUAUGGAGUUUGGAGCAGACUGGACUGUAUACUUGACCAAGCCGGAUGGAUCUUACAAAGAAACCAGCCUCAGUGAACUGUUGCCUCUAGCCUUUUCCCCAGCCCAUCUCGCAAAGAACUAAUGAAACCUCAACAGCAUCUUUAGACAUCACUGUUUAGUACUUUAAUACUUUAUAGCUGCAUUGUCUCUUUGUUCUGGUAACACUGCAAAUUAGGAAAACAAUAAACCAUAUUCUUCCUGUAAACAUGUGUCAUUAUUAUUAUGACCGCAUCUAGAGGGGUGAGACUUUUUUUGAAUUGGUAAUGUGAGAUAAAGUGCAUAUUUUGAGUGAUAUAAUUACUUUUGUGCAUAGA